UUCAGGCACUCCCAUGGUACAGAGCUUAUUAUUACACAUAGACCCCUUAUGGCAAGAUAUGAGGAGCUAACAGAAGGGGCAGCUGAUGGGUAGGCCCCAGCCCUCAGGGCUCCCCCAUUUCAAGCUGUGUCCCCAGAGAAGACAGAGUCUAAACGCACGACCUGGCCCAGGUUGCCAGUGCCAACUGGUUUCCUAGGUGCUAAGUGGGCCCGUGCGAGCUGGGAGCUGGAGGCAUGUGCCCAAGUCCUGGCCGCCGCCUGAACAGAGGUUACAGCUGGCAGCAAAGCUGCAAGGCCACUUGGCGUCAUGCCCAGGCCACCCCUUCCCUCCACAGAAGCUCCUCUGGGGGGAGAGAAGCGUUCAGGCCUGGUACAGACAUGUGCCAGCAGUGAAGCUGCUCUGGUCACACAGAUCUACAGGGAAUCUUGCAGAUGACCUUGGGAGUCAGUUCUGGGGAAAAGGCAUUUGACUCAAGGGCGAUUCCUGCUCAGGCUUAUCAGCUAAUGGCAAUACGCCCAUCCCUCAUGCUUAUGUGAGGCAUUCGUUUCAAGACUCUGUCCUAUUUCCGGUCACUGCUGGCACAGUGUGGUGGAAAGAGCAUUAGACCAGAUGUCAGGAAGCCUGAGUUCUGGUGUCGGCUCCACCCUUAGCUUGCUUUGUCAACUUGGACAAGUUAUUCCCUAUUCAGGGUCUCUCUUGCUGUAUCCAUAAAAGGAGGGGUUGGACCAGAUGAGGUUCGGGACAUUCUAGUGCUAGUGUCCUAGGACUCGCCUUCUAGUGCCUCCCAACUGGAUUUCUUGGCCCUUUGUACAGGUUGAAGGCCCAGGGAAUUGCCCCUUCAGACACCCUGGUGGUAGAGGAACCCAAAUCUCUGGUGUUCCCUCCCAGGGUACCAAAUCGCUUAAGAGCAUGGAUACUGAAAUUGAACUUCCUGGAUUCAAAUCGGAAAGACAUGUCACUGACUUUAGGUAGAGCAGAUCCCUCUGCAGCCAUGUCGGCCAAGGCGAUUUCAGAGCAGACGGGCAAAGAACUCCUUUACAAGUACAUCUGCACCACCUCGGCCAUCCAGAACCGGUUUAAGUAUGCCCGGGUCACCCCUGACACAGACUGGGCCCACCUGCUGCAGGACCACCCCUGGCUGCUCAGCCAGAGCUUGGUGGUCAAGCCAGACCAGCUGAUCAAACGGCGUGGAAAGCUGGGCCUAGUUGGGGUCAACCUCACUCUGGAUGGCGUCAAGUCUUGGCUGAAGCCACGGCUGGGACAGGAAGCCAUAGUAGGCAAGGCCAGAGGCUUCCUCAAGAACUUUCUGAUCGAACCCUUCGUCCCACACAGUCAGGCGGAGGAGUUCUACGUCUGCAUCUAUGCUACCCGAGAAGGGGACUACGUCCUGUUCCACCAUGAGGGAGGGGUGGACGUGGGCGAUGUGGACACCAAAGCCCAGAAACUGCUUGUCGGUGUGGAUGAAAAGCUGAGUCCUGAGAAGAUCAAGAAGCACCUGUUGGUCCAUGCCCCUGAAAACAAGAAAGAAGUUCUGGCCAGUUUUAUCUCCGGCCUCUUCAAUUUCUAUGAGGAUCUGUACUUCACCUACCUUGAGAUCAACCCGCUUGUCGUGACCACAGAUGGCGUCUAUGUCCUUGACUUGGCGGCUAAGGUGGAUGGCACUGCCGACUACAUCUGCAAAGUGAAGUGGGGUGAUAUAGAGUUCCCUCCCCCUUUCGGUCGCGAGGCGUAUCCAGAGGAAGCCUACAUUGCAGACCUGGAUGCCAAAAGUGGGGCAAGCUUGAAGCUGACCUUGCUGAACCCCAAGGGAAGGAUCUGGACCAUGGUGGCUGGAGGUGGUGCCUCUGUCGUGUACAGUGACACCAUCUGCGAUCUAGGGGGUGUCAACGAGCUGGCAAACUAUGGGGAGUACUCGGGCGCCCCCAGCGAGCAGCAGACCUAUGACUAUGCCAAGACCAUCCUCUCCCUCAUGACCCGCGAGAAGCACCCAGAAGGCAAGAUCCUCAUCAUCGGAGGCAGCAUUGCGAACUUCACUAAUGUGGCUGCCACGUUCAAGGGCAUCGUGAGAGCGAUUCGAGAUUACCAGGGCCCCCUGAAAGAGCACGAGGUCACGAUCUUUGUCCGAAGAGGCGGCCCCAACUAUCAGGAGGGCUUACGGGUGAUGGGAGAAGUUGGGAAGACCACUGGGAUCCCCAUCCACGUGUUUGGCACCGAGACUCACAUGACAGCCAUUGUAGGCAUGGCCCUGGGCCACCGGCCCAUCCCCAAUCAGCCGCCCACUGCUGCCCACACUGCAAACUUCCUCCUCAACGCCAGUGGCAGCACAUCGACUCCAGCCCCCAGCAGGACCGCGUCUUUUUCUGAGUCCAGAGCUGAUGAAGUGGCACCUGCAAAGAAGGCCAAGCCUGCUGUGCCACAAGAUUCAGUCCCAAGUCCAAGAUCCCUGCAAGGUAGGACGCCCCUGCCCCGCCCGACUACAUGUGGCUUGUUAGCGGGUUGCAGUCUUAACCGUGUGCUUUGUUUCCCCCUCCCCGGUGGGUUGCAGUGUUGUCUGGUAUUCUGUCCCUGCCUUGGUGUGGCUUGCCCCCAAGUCCUAGUCUUUGCUAUCCCUAUCCGGACUAUUGCCAUCAUCGCUGAAGGAAUCCCUGAGGCCCUCACAAGGAAGCUGAUCAAGAAGGCGGACCAAAAGGGCGUGACCAUCAUUGGACCUGCCACUGUUGGAGGCAUCAAGCCCGGGUGCUUUAAGAUCGGGAAUACAGGUGGGAUGCUGGACAACAUCCUGGCCUCCAAGCUGUACCGCCCUGGCAGCGUGGCCUAUGUCUCGCGUUCUGGGGGCAUGUCCAAUGAGCUCAACAAUAUCAUCUCUCGGACCACGGAUGGCGUCUAUGAGGGUGUCGCCAUUGGCGGGGACAGGUAUCCCGGCUCAACGUUUAUGGAUCAUGUGUUACGUUACCAGGAUACUCCAGGAGUCAAAAUGAUUGUGGUUCUUGGAGAGAUAGGGGGUACUGAGGAGUAUAAGAUCUGCCGGGGCAUCAAGGAGGGCCGCCUCACCAAGCCUGUGGUCUGCUGGUGCAUUGGGACCUGUGCCACCAUGUUCUCCUCCGAGGUACAGUUUGGCCAUGCUGGAGCUUGUGCCAAUCAGGCUUCGGAAACUGCAGUAGCCAAGAACCAGGCUUUGAAGGAGGCAGGAGUGUUUGUUCCCCGGAGCUUUGAUGAGCUCGGAGAAAUCAUCCAAUCUGUGUACGAGGAUCUCGUGGCCAAAGGGGCCAUUGUACCUGCUCAGGAGGUGCCGCCCCCAACAGUGCCGAUGGACUACUCCUGGGCCAGGGAGCUGGGCUUGAUCCGCAAACCUGCCUCGUUCAUGACCAGCAUCUGCGACGAGCGAGGACAGGAGCUCAUCUAUGCGGGCAUGCCCAUCACCGAGGUCUUCAAGGAAGAGAUGGGCAUCGGCGGGGUCCUCGGCCUCCUCUGGUUCCAGAGAAGGUUGCCCAAGUACUCCUGCCAGUUCAUUGAGAUGUGCCUGAUGGUGACGGCUGAUCAUGGGCCAGCCGUGUCCGGGGCUCACAACACCAUCAUCUGCGCUCGGGCUGGCAAGGAUCUGGUCUCCAGCCUCACCUCGGGGCUGCUCACCAUUGGGGACCGGUUUGGGGGUGCCCUGGAUGCAGCAGCCAAGAUGUUCAGCAAAGCCUUUGACAGUGGCAUUAUUCCCAUGGAGUUUGUGAACAAGAUGAAGAAGGAAGGAAAACUGAUCAUGGGCAUCGGUCACCGAGUGAAGUCGAUAAACAACCCAGACAUGCGAGUGCAGAUCCUUAAAGAUUACGUCAAGCAGCACUUCCCUGCCACCCCCCUGCUCGACUAUGCGCUGGAAGUGGAGAAGAUUACCACCUCGAAGAAACCAAACCUUAUCCUGAAUGUAGAUGGCUUCAUCGGAGUUGCAUUUGUAGACAUGCUUAGAAACUGUGGGUCCUUUACUCGGGAGGAAGCUGAUGAAUAUAUUGACAUUGGAGCCCUUAAUGGCAUCUUUGUGCUAGGAAGGAGUAUGGGCUUCAUUGGACACUAUCUUGAUCAGAAGAGGCUGAAGCAGGGGCUGUAUCGUCACCCAUGGGAUGAUAUUUCAUAUGUUCUCCCGGAACACAUGAGCAUGUAACUGAGCCAGGAACCCUGCUACAGUCAAGUGAAGACAAGAACUCCUCCCCACUGGGAAAAAGUGCGCAGACAGCUGGCGCUGGAGCUUGCUAUAGGAUGGGCCUGGAAUAUAAACAGCCACUGGUGUACAGGCACCAAAUACCAACACCCACAGGCUAACACUGUUCAGUCCACAAAGAAGCUUAAUAUUUUUUUUAUAAGCAUAGAAAUAAAAAAACCAAGCCAAUACUUGUGACAUUUGCUCUGCUACCUACCUGCUGUAUUUAUUAAUGUAAAAGCAUCUAAGCGUUGUCAGGGUAGUGUUUUUCCUUCUGGUAGGGCGUUAUGAUGCUGUCUUUUUUUGCAUUAGUUAAAAUUUUUUUUUCCCUUAGAGGAAGGGAAUUAAACUUUUAAGACCUCAAGAUACUAUACAUUUAAAGCACCCCUAAUGUCUUGUUUUUCCUAUUCCCUUUCUUCCUGUUCAUAUAACAUGAAGAGCAUUGUAUUAGUCUGAUUUUUUUUUUUUAAGGAUCUUUUUGUAUGUUAUAUGUGAAGGGUUUGUUUGAUAUCCCACUGAAAUGCUCCAUGUUGCAAACCUAACUAAAGUCUGCUUCUGUCAGGGGGAUGAAACCAUUGCAUCCUUAGCUAUUGUCACAAAAUAUGUGGGGUAGUAAUUUAAAAUGUAAAGGUGUAACAUACAUGUUUAAAAUGGAAAUGCAAAGCAAAAAGCUGUGAAAUGUCUUGUGUCUUAUGUUCUCUGUAUUUAUGCAACUGACUUGUCUUUUACUCGAAUGUGGACUCAUCGUCACCAGUCAGUUUGCAUCUGUAAUCCACAAAGAUUCUGGGCAGCUGCCACCUCAGUCUCUUCUCUGUAUUAUCGUAGUUUGAUUUAAAUAAAUAGUAACAGUGAAUACAUACCUCUUUCA